UCUUUCCAUUGCUGCCGAAACCAGACACGCACAAGUCGGACAAUAACAGAAGAGUGGACAGAGAAAUACAUCACAAUGUCUUACAAGCUUUUCAGGGCAACCUUCUUCAUGUUGCUAUAUUCAGGUCUUUGCUGUGGAGCGGGCAUAAUCCCGCUUGACUUACUUCGUGGGACAGCCGGACAGAGUGUCACCUUCGAGACAUCUCUAAAACCGACACCUGAACCGUUUAUGGCUCUGACUUGGAGCUUCAACGUUACCCACAGUAUCAUAACGUCAACCAGCGUGGAUGUGGAGGGACCGGGCUAUGAGGGCCGAAUCAGCCUGGAUAAGAGCACCGGAUCUUUGGUGCUCAGGAACCUGACCGAGGAAGACAGCGGGGAAUAUGAGUUAAUCAUCAUCCCAUAUGGCGCCGAGGCAAUUCAUGGACAUGUUAACUUGGAGGUGCUGAGUGAAGUGUCCAUACCAAAUAUGGCCUGUCCUACUGAAAUCUUGAUCGAAGGUAAAAGCUCUGUCAACUUAACCUGCGAUGCCAAAGGCAUUGUAUUAGACAGAGAGUGGAAGAAAGAUGGCAAGCCUCUGCAGCCUGGGGACACGGUCGUUUUUUAUGAUGGCGGCAGAGUGUUAUCCAUCAGUCCCGUGGACAGGCGAGACUCUGGAGUGUUUCUCUGUAAAGUCAGUAAUUCCAUCAGCUUUGAUACCGCCAAAUGCAAACUGAAGGUCUUUUACGGGCCUGAUGAAGCGAUAAUCGAUCAGGAUCCGGUUGGCGCGGAGCUUGAGGAGAGCGUCGAUCUGCGCUGCUCGGCCGAAUCACUGCCAAAGGCUACAUUCUCCUGGAAGUUCAAGCGCAGUGUCAUGUACGGUCCUGAGUACUACAUCGAGGAGAUGGGAAAGCGGCACUUGGGGGAGUACACCUGCACGGCGCAUAACGGAAUCACUGGUCUGGAGGCUUCUGCGGUCCACACAUUGCGGGGAUCAAGUUAUGGAGCGGGAGUGCUCCCCGACAGUCUUGUUGCAAUCGUAGGAGAAACGGUGAUGUUUAACACAACGUUGACUCCACCGCCAAACCCAUACCUGGUUAUCACUUGGGGAGUCUUGGAUAUUUCUGGUGCCACUACUAAUGUAAUAACAUCAAGCAGCACGAAUGUGACGUCGCCGGCAUAUAAAGACAGGAUCACCCUCUUUACUCAAACUGGAUCUCUGGAGCUGAGGAACGUGACCCUGAGAGACAAUGGAGACUACAAAGUCGCCAUCAUACCAGCUGGUGCAGCUCACCAGGGAGGACAAUGUAGACUUCACAUACAAGAACGGAUCACCAAUGUGGUCUUGGUUCCAAACACCACUGACUUACUGGAGUCGACCAGCUCUGUCACUAUGACUUGCUCCUUCUCUACUGGAUCAGGACUUUCAUUCCUUUGGUUUAAUGGCAGCUCUGAGAUUACAGCCAGCGACAGAGUUCAGCUCACUGAUGGAGGCUCCAAGCUCACCAUAGUCGGUGUGACACGCUAUGACCAGGGACCGUUUAGGUGUCUCGUGUUUAAUCUAAUCAGUAAUGGCACCAGCAAUCCAGUCAACCUCUUCAUCAGCUAUGGCCCAGAAAACAUCCGUUUGACUACAUCACCGUCACUAGAAUACUUCAAAAAAGGGUCGAACAUCGGACUGUCCUGCUCCGCUUCAUCCAGACCUCCUGCAUCGUUUCAGUGGUUUCUCAAUGGUGACCCUUUGUCCGCUACUGGACCGCUGUUAGGACUUACAAACGUUCAGGAAAACCAGAGCGGGAACUACAGCUGCCAUGCCUCCAAUAACAAAACUCAGAAAUAUCAAACUCGGAUCUCAGCUAUUACUAUAGUGGCACCAAUUUCCUCUGUAGAGAUCAAGGCUAAUGCCACUGACAUUUUAGAAUUCGGUGGUUCCGUCAGCCUGUCCUGCUCCACCACUGGAUCCUUGGCCUCGUUCCUCUGGCUGAACAGCAGUUCAGAAGUCACAGCCAGCGAGAACGUUAAAAUUACGAAUGGAGGUUCAAUGCUCACCAUAGUCAACGUGACUCGCUAUGACCAAGGGCCUUUCAGGUGUCAUGUGAUCAAUCCGAUCAGUAAUGGCACCAGCAAACCAGUCGCCCUGUCUAUCAUCUUUGGGCCAGAGAAUAUUAAUUUGAUAAGCUCUCCGUCCCAAGAACAAUACGACGAAGGUUCGGACAUUAGCCUUGUGUGCUUGGUUGACUCAGGCCCUCCCCCACUGUUCCGUUGGUUCCGAAAUGGAGACCUGCUGUCCUACGCUAGACCGGAACUACAACUUUUGAACAUUCAUCUGGAUCAGAGUGGAAACUACAGCUGUCAGGCCUUUAACAACAAAACUCUGAGGAAUCAAACAUCGGCGCCUAUAGCAAUUUCUGUGACAAGAUCAGAAAUCUCCAAUGUGGUGAUCAUUCCCAGCACCACAGAAGUGGGAGAGUUCAGCAGCUCAGUCAGUCUUUCCUGCUCUUGUAGUGGAUCUUUCCCCAGUUUUUCUUGGCGGAAUGGCAGUGCCGAGCUGACGGCCAGUGAACGGGUCCACAUCAACGACAAAGGUGACGUCGUUACCUUAACUAACGUGAGCCGCUACGACGAGGGACCUUUCAUGUGUUUGGUGUUUAACAACUUCAGCAACUCCACCAGCCAUCCUGUGAAACUCUCCAUCAACUAUGGGCCAGAAGGCAUCGAUUUAAAGUUAUUUCCGUCACAAGACUACUUUGAGAGAGGGUCAAACAUUAGCUUGACCUGCUCUGCUGCAUCCAGACCUCCUGCCGAGUUUCAGUGGUUUCUCAACGGAGACUUGCUGCCUAAAACCAGACCGGUGCUCAAACUGAGGAAUGUUCAAGAGAAUCAAAGUGGGAACUACAGUUGUCGGGCUUUUAAUAGCAAAACUCUGAAAGACCAGACAACCCGACCAUCAUCCAUCUUCAUACAGACACCAGUUUCCAAUGUGGUUCUCACUUCAAACGUCACCGCGAUGUUUGAGUUCCACUCCGUCACGAUGUCCUGCUCCUUCUCUACGGGAUCAGGACUCGCUUUCCAUUGGUUGAAUGGCAGCUCUCAGGUCACUGCCAGCGAGAGAGUUAAUAUUAUGGACGGAGGUUCCACGCUUACCAUCGUCAACGUGACCCGCUUUGACCAGGGACCAUUCAGGUGCAACCUGUCCAAUGGCGUCAGUGAUGAAAUCAGCCGGCCGAUGCAUCUUUUUAUUCAGCAUGGACCUGACAGCUUGACUAUCGAAGGCCCGGACUCGGUCCACAUCGGACAACACAUAAUGCUUCACUGCUCUACCAUGUCCCUACCGACAGCGAGCUAUACAUGGCUAUUUGACGGAAACCCUGCAGGUGCACACGGGCCUGUGUACCUCAUCACUUCAAGCAGGGGCUCUGACGCUGGGAAGUACACCUGCACAGCCCAAAAUGCAGUCACAGGAAAGAGUGUAACAGGACACCACAAGUUAGACGUUUUGGGUGUGCUGGUCAAAGCAAACAAAGGUGUGGUCAAGUCUGUCAGUGUGAGAGUGCGCAGGUUUAGGGAGCAGAGGGGUGCGUGUUGGGCCCAGGACCUUCUGCCCCGCGGCCCCUUGAGCGGCGCCGUGUCGGGCUCCGUCACCUUCGCCACCGCCCUCGAACCGACCGUGCUCCCCUUCUACCUGGUCAGCUGGAGCUUCGGAGAGACGAAAGUCGUCACCUCCACUAACGGCGACACCAUCGGGCCGGGUUACGAAGACAGGAUCAAGCUGGAGCGAUCCACCGGGAGCCUGGUGCUCAGCAAGCUGACCAUGGCCGACAGCGGGGAGUACACGGUCUCCAUCAUAUCCGACGACGGCCGAGAGAGGGAGGGGACCAUCAGACUGAAUGUUUACGAGCCAGUCUCUGGAGCAACCAUCCGAGGCCCCACCACCGUCCUGACAGAAGACAAGGACUCGGCCAACGUCACCUGUGAGGCCUCGGGCACAGUCAGCUCUCGAAUUUGGACGAAAGACGGCCUACUUCUCUAUCCCACGGCCACGCGCAGCUUCUCCCACAACAACGCGACGGUCCUUUUUCGGCCUGUCCGCAGCUACGACCACGGCAGCUACCAGUGUCAGGUCAGCAACCCCAUCAGCGCCAUGACCGUGGCCUUCAACCUCAGUGUCAACUUCGGACCGCAUAACGUGUCCAUCGUGGGCCCUUCGACGGCCCCGGCCGGCAGCAAGGUGACACUGGAGUGCAAAGCCUACUCUUUCCCGCCGGCCACAUUCAGCUGGCUGUUCAACGACAACACAACCCACGUCAACGGCUCCUUGUACGUCAUCCAAAGGCUGGAGGGGAAAAGCGAAGGGAACUACACGUGCACGGCCAGGAACGCAGUGACCCGGCGGGAGAACUCCACAGUGCUGCACCUGAGAGAUUCCACACAUUUGAUACCAAAGCUGGUGACUUUGGGAGUUUUCCUGCUGAUCACAGCUGUCAUGGCGGCCGUCACCUGUGUCAUCAUCCUCAGAACAAGGCGUGAGGCAAUUGUCAAGUACGACGUGAGGACUGCUGAGAACUAA